AUGUCAGUCUCACCAGCAUCGACAGUCUCACCAGACGUAGCAUACCUGCGCACGCUCCCCGCCGUCCGCGAGCGAUGCUACAAAAUCUUCUCCACGGCAACAUCCACGCCUUCUGGCCUUCGAUACUUCACCUACGAUCCCACGCUUGAGGACGCUGUCGCGGACUACUGUAUCGCCAUCAUCGAACGCGAUUUUGGCACCAACUACUCGUCCAUCCCACCCCACGGGCGGUGGCGUCACUUUGACGUGGGCUCCAUUCCGCGCAUCACCACUUUACUCAGCUCCUGGGCGGGCAUCCGACGUACCCCACGCCCGGAAGUGCAUCCGAUGGCCGAACGCAUCGUCCACCGAGUCGAAGCGGCACGUCGACUGGUGGAUCUGUUCAUGGUCAGCGUCCUCCUCGAUGCGGGCGCGGGCGCAACGUGGAAGUACGAAGAAAAGAAAACCGGUCUUUCCUACGGUAGGAGCGAAGGACUCGCAGUGGCCAGUCUGGACAUGUUCAUCGAGGGUCGAUUCUGCGGUGAGCAGGAAGAAAGGGAGGUGGAUGCAAGACACAAAGUGGAUGCGGCAGGGUUGAAGAAUUUGUCGCCGGAGGUGUUGGCGAUCGAUAUGCAGGUUCAUCCGACGGAGAAUCCCAUGACGGGGCUGGAGGGGAGGGCCAAUUUGCUCGUUCGACUGGGGGAGGCGCUGGAGAGUGAUGUUCACGGGAUAUUCACGGGUCCCACCGACACUCCUGUUCCAGCGACAGAGCGCCGUCCUGGGUUCCUGGUAGACUACCUCGCCUCCCACCCCACGACAAAAACCGCCAUUGGCGUCACCGAAGUCUCCUACCCCGUCCUGUGGGAGGCACUCAUGUACGGCCUGGCCCCCAUCUGGCCUGCCUCCCGGACCCACCUGGAUGGUGUUGCUAUGGGCGACGUCUGGCCUAACCCCACACUCGCCACUUUGGCAAACAAGCCCCUUGGGAGCGCAGAAAGCAUGGUUCCCUUCCACAAGCUCUCCCAAUGGAUGUGCUACUCGCUCAUGGAGGCGAUGGAGCAGACGCUCGGAUGGCGCUUCGUCGAUGCGCAGCAUGGAACGGGUUUGCCGGAGUAUCGCAAUGGUGGGUUGUUCGUCGAUUUGGGCGUGCUGACCCCAACACAGGCGCUGUUGGAUGCAAGCACGGGGAAGGAGGGUGAACUGCCGGAGUUGCCCGCCGAGCAUCCGGCCAUUGUUGAGUGGCGCGCGAUGACCGUUGUGCUGCUCGAUCGGACGGCGGAGAGGAUCAGGGCGAAGCUGGGAGUAGGGGAGGAGGUGCUGAAUCUCAAACAGGUGCUGGAGGCGGCGACGUGGAAGGGCGGACGUGAGGUGGCCAAGGAGAAGAGACCCGACACUGGAGGUCCCCCGAUCAACGUUGUUAGCGACGGAACAGUGUUCUAA